AUGCUGCGGCCCACACGCGUGUCGCGGCUCGUCACGAGCGGCACCGUCGCCCUUACACCGUCGUGCUGGACGACGAAGCCCGCUGGCUGGUAUCGUGUUCCCAGCAGCAGCGUUCCAGAGACAGAGGAGCUGCGCGUGACCAAGCGCUUCGACUUUCUCAAUCACAGCGCGCAGUACCUGUUUCUCGGACAGGUGAUGGCCCUCGCCGAGGAGGUCAAGUGCAUCCCAUGGUUGGAGUGGUUCUACACGGAGCUCAACUUUUCACUGCCACCGACGAAAGAGGCGGAGAUGCUGGCGAACUACAUGAAUGAUCAGGAGCGCCUGCGAUGCGGACUGCGCAACCACUCCGAGGGUGGCACCAGCUCGUCCGACAUUGCGUGGAGCAGGGAACUGAAGGAGCGCGUGCAGCGCCGCGCUGAGGAGGACUUCUGCUGGCUCCUCACACAUGAUCAGCGCAAAACGGAGAAGUUCUUGCAGGAGACGUUCAUCCAGUGGCACCACCGUGCUGACUACCUCGUGACGCGCAAGAGCCGCGAGAAGCGUGAAUUCCGCGAGGACCUGACGUUGCAGAAGGUGAUCCAGCAAGGACAGGAGCGCAAGCGGCGCAUGCAGCGGCGCCGAAGCCGCGACGAGGCGCGGCAGGAAGCCAUCAAGUCCGGAAAGGAGUCCGAGUGGGACAACUUCACGCACGACGUGCUGCCGCGUGAGCUGCGCGAGGCGCUCGACCGCGAGAGCGACGGCAUGGAGGAUGUGCGACUCUCUCGCGCCGGCACGGCGACUGGCGGAUGGAGUCGCAGCAUGCGCUCUCAUCCAAACUUUCGCUAA